CUGUCUCACCGCUCCGGUCACGUGCCCCGCGCGACAGCCAAUUGGAAGUGUGCAAGCAACAGGUACGCGAUUCAAACUGCAGUCGUAGCCAGGAGACGUGGUAGAGACACAGGGCUACGAGGCCCCGCAGCGCAUUCCGACUUGGGGACCGGGGCACCCCCCGAGCGCAUUAACUCACUAGCAAGUCCCGCAGCAGCAUGGAGCACCGCAUUAUCGGACCGGGACCUUACAGAGCCACUAAACUGUGGAAUGAAACGAUUGAGCUGUUUCGUGCUGGAAUGCCACAAAAAAGGCACCGGGUUCACUUCAAAAUCUACGAGAGGUGCUUUACUGCAACAGAGGCCGUCAACUUCUUGCAUGAUCUGCUGCAGUGCAACCAGAACUUUGGCCCAGAUGUCACCCGCACCCAAACCGUCCAGCUGCUGAAAAAGUUCCAGAAAAACCACGUUAUUGAGGAUGUGAAAGGGAGAUGGGGCAAGGAAGACUUUGAAGAUAAUGGCUGCCUAUACAGAUUUCCGCCAACGUCCCCGCUGAAACCCUACCCAAAAAGACCCCCCUGCAGAACUGAUCCCAUUCCUUUUCCACAGUGGAAUGAUCAGGGGUCGCUGACAUCUCAGAUGCAAAUACAUGGGAAAUCUAUCGAUCUGAACUCUGAAGCAUGGUACAAGCGCCACAGCAUAGCAAUCGGGGAGGUGCCCAUGUGUCGUUUAGUUAAGAGGAGGGAAUUAACAGCAGCUCAUAUUGAGGAAAUUUGGAAAUCAAGAACUCUGCUCCAUCUAAAGAAAAUCCUAGGACUUGAUUCCCUGAACGACGUAAUGGACACAAAAAGGGUGGAGGCAAAGCAUAUAUUGCACAACAUCUACAACACUAAUAAGCAGGGGAUUGUGGUGUUGGACGACAGAUCAAAAGAGCUCCCUCACUGGCUGCUCUCCGCCAUGAAAUGCUUGGCAAACUGGCCAAACUGUUCGGACUGGAACCAACCAAUGUAUUUGGGAUUCGAGAGAGAUGUCUUCAGAACAAUUGUGGAUUAUCUCAGUUUCCUGAAGGAGCCGCUUCUCACUUUCCAUCUCUUUGAUGUUUUUGUCAAUGCUCUGGGCCUUCUGCAGAAAAAGCGCAUUGCAAUUGAAGCACUUCAGAUCUGCUGCCUGCUCCUGCCUCCAGAAAAUCGAAGAAAGCUGCAGCUCCUAAUGAGGAUGAUGGCAAAAAUAAGCCUGAACAGAGAAAUGCCACCUCUGUGUGAUUCCACUGGCAACCGGGCGCUGAUGGUACAGACAUUUUCUCGCUGUAUCCUUCGUUCCAAGGAUGAAGUGGACUUAGGUGAACUUCUCUCCACCAAACUGGUGACUUUCAUGAUGGAUAAUGCUCCUGAUAUUCUCACUGUACCCAUAACAUUAAAGAACACAGUGGAAGAUUAUGUUGCCCAUCAGCGAAGAGUUCAGAUCAAGUACCCAGGAUCUGACAUGGAGACCACCCUUAACCCCACCUUUGUCCAGCCGCAGACCCCAGCCCAAGAGUAUGAAUACCAGAAGUUAAGCCGACCUCAAGAUCCACUGAAGGUUCUUCUGGAGGAAAUUAUAUCCAAUAAGCAAAUCUCUGUAAAGGAAAAGAAGAAGCGACUUAAACAGUUCCAGAGAUCCCACCCAGAAGUAUACAAACAACGCUUUCCAACCCCUGACAGCGAAGCAGCACUUUUGCCCGAGAGACCAAGCUUAAAGUCGCAACUCUCAUUUUUCACUCUGAAACGACCUUUCCAGUCAUUUCAAAGGACCCGCAGCUUUCGGAUGUAACUGCAGUUAUUUGCCCUUGUUGAGGCUCAACUGUCACUUUGACAGGAUGAUAGUGAUUGUCUUUAGCGGACGGCCGCUUACAACUUCCUGAACCCGAGACACUGGAUUUUACCCCAAACCUUUAUCAGUAUUGUGCACAUAAGAGUGUAAUAGGUCAGUUAUGUUCGGUGAUGUAUGUGUGGAGCUGACUGGAUGCCUGUGCUGUGGAGUUCACAUGUGCACAAAAAAUGUGAGUUUGUAUUCGGAACAUUUCAGAUCUUACACGUGUGUUUUAAAUCAUGUACAUACUUGAAUUACGUCGAAACACUGAAAAUUCUAUGUUUGUAGCGUUUUACUAUCCUGUUUCAAAAAUGAACAUGCGGUUAAUUUUAUAUAUUUUACUGGCAACUUUUUUUUUUUUUUUUAAUGGAAAUUCAUGUUUUUUUAAUGAGUAGAGUGUAAUUGCCUAAAGUGACGCUGGCUUAUUGACAAAUAAGGAUAUGUAAUAAGCCUUUUUUAUAGGCUGUUUGUCUUAAGAAAUAUCUUCUGAUUUAGUAAGUCUUGUUUCACCUUAUAGAUAGGAUUCUGGGAGUUCUGAUCACUGGAGGGCUGCAGGCUGGUCACUGCUUUUAUAUAUAUAUAUAUAUAUAUAUAUAUAUAUAUAUAUAUAUAUAUAUAUAUAUAUAUAUAUAUAUAUAUAUAUAUAUAUAUAUAUAUAUAUUGAUAAAAAAAUUUUUUCUUUAACGUAAUUUCGCCCCAAAAAUAUUGUUGUUUACAUUGAGAUAAGUGGCAGCUCAAUUUCCUUGUGUUUAAUGAGUAGGUAUUAGUCCCGAUUUUCACUGGUACAGCCAUUUGUCCAGCUGUGUGUACUCACUGUCCCCAAGAGGCUGUACAUAUUCUUAUGAGCUUGCACUUUAACAUAGUUUCUGAUUUAUUAUGAAAAAAAAAAAAAUUCAUACGGAAUAAGGGGCUGUUCUAAUUGUUCUGUAUGUACACAUGCACCUCUGUGUGUUGUGUAUUGACAUUCCUGUGUUUUUCCUUUUAUUGGUCCAUUGAUAUUCCUGUCUUUUACCUGCAACA